GUGCGUGUUACCACCAUGGAUGCUGAGCUGGAGUUUGCCAUCCAGCCCAACACUACGGGGAAGCAACUCUUUGAUCAGGUCGUCAAGACAAUUGGUCUAAGAGAGGUGUGGUUUUUUGGACUUCAGUAUCAGGACACCAAGGGCUUCUCAACAUGGCUGAAAUUGAACAAAAAGGUAACAGCACAAGAUGUACGCAAAGAAAGCCCUCUGCUUUUCAAAUUCCGUGCCAAAUUCUACCCAGAGGAUGUGGCAGAAGAGCUGAUCCAGGACAUCACGCAGCGCCUUUUCUUCCUCCAAGUGAAGGAGGCAAUUCUGAAUGAUGACAUUUAUUGCCCUCCAGAAACAGCUGUCCUCCUGGCUUCUUAUGCUGUCCAGUCAAAAUAUGGAGACUUCAACAAAGAGGUACACAAGUCUGGCUACCUUGCUAGUGACAAACUGCUCCCACAGAGAGUUCUGGAGCAGCACAAGCUUAACAAGGACCAGUGGGAGGAGAGGAUCCAGGUGUGGCAUGAGGAGCAUCGAGGAAUGAUUAGAGAAGAUGCAGUCUUGGAGUACCUGAAAAUUGCACAGGAUCUGGAAAUGUAUGGUGUGAACUACUUCAACAUUAAGAACAAGAAGGGCUCUGAACUCUGGCUAGGUGUAGAUGCUCUUGGACUCAACAUUUAUGAGCAGAAUGACAGGCUAACACCGAAAAUUGGAUUCCCUUGGAGUGAGAUCAGAAAUAUUUCAUUCAAUGACAAGAAAUUUGUUAUCAAGCCUAUUGACAAAAAAGCACCAGACUUUGUAUUCUACGCUCCUCGGUUACGGAUUAACAAGCGGAUACUGGCACUCUGCAUGGGGAACCACGAGCUCUACAUGCGCAGGCGUAAGCCGGACACCAUUGAGGUGCAGCAGAUGAAGGCACAGGCUCGGGAGGAGAAGCACCAGAAACAGAUGGAGAGAGCACUGUUGGAGAAUGAGAAGAAGAAGAGAGAGUUGGCAGAAAAGGAGAAGGAGAAGAUUGAGCGUGAGAAAGAGGAGCUAAUGGAGAGACUCAAGCAAAUUGAGGAACAAACCAAGAAAGCUCAGCAAGAACUAGAAGAACAGACCCGCAGAGCUAUGGAGCUGGAACAGGAGAGAAAACGGGCUCAGGAGGAAGCAGAGAAACUGGCUAAAGAACGUAGAGAAGCAGAAGAGGCCAAGGAGGCCCUAUUGAAAGCAUCCCAUGAUCAACAAAAGACUCAGGAACAGCUGGCUGCUGAGAUGGCAGAACUCACAGCUAGGAUCACGCAGCUGGAGCUGGCGAGGCAGAAGAAAGAGAGUGAGGCCCAGGAGUGGCAGCAGAAGGCACAGAUGGUGCAGGAGGACCUAGAAAAGACCAAAGAGGAGCUGAAGACUGCCAUGAGCACCCCUCAUGUCACUGAGCCCAUGCACUCCGAGAACGAGCACGAUGACGAGCAGGACGAGAACGCGGCAGAGGCCAGUGCUGAGCUGCGCUCGGAGGCCACCAUCAAGGACCGCAGCGAGGAGGAGCGCACCACGGAGGCAGAGAAGAACGAACGGGUCCAGAAACACUUGAAGGCUCUUUCCUCUGAGCUGGCAAAUGCUCGGGAUGAAACCAAGAAGACAGCCAAUGAUAUGAUCCAUGCUGAGAACAUGCGCCUAGGUCGAGACAAGUACAAGACCCUCCGUCAGAUCCGGCAGGGCAACACCAAACAGCGCAUCGAUGAGUUCGAGUCCAUGUAAACUCUCCCCUUACCUGCUGCCCUGCACUCUUCUCCCCUCUCUCCCAUUCUCUCCCAUCAUUCACUCACAAUCAUGCUACGCUGGAACCACUACAGAAGAGUGACCAUGGUCUUAUUUAUCAAGUGUUGGGUAAAUGCUGGAGUUGAGCAACAGAAGAAAGAAUAGUAUAUACAUAUUCCUGGGGUGGCUUGGGAAAGCAAACAUGUAUUUGGGGUAAUCUGAAAUUGUUUGGCUUUGGGAAAUGUCUCACUGCACUUAGUUUUGUUAUUACUUACUGAAGUGGCUGUUGGUGUUCUCUCCCUUUGGGUGGGGAAGCCAGCA